GUCUGUUGCUCCAGCAGGUGGUGCCAAAUCCGUGUCACCACAACUCUCCCCUGAAAAUGUAAUCUCUAUAGUUUCCUGUGAAUCUGGUCUAGUCUAAAUGUUAAUCCCUGUCUGUGUAAAUUAUAUUUUGGAUUUAUUAAUUUAUGAUUGUGCAUAGGAGUGACUGGAUAGUAAUUUUAAUGUUGCACAUGCUACAAUAACACCACAACAAUGAUCCACAGUGCUCCUCUACCAGCACCAUACAUAGGUACUAGAUUUACAAGUAGGCUUAUCCUUAGUUGUGUCUGGCACAUUUUUUUACAGUUGAGUCAUUAUCAUAAAUGAAAGAAUAUUGUGAUCUAGAAUAGAGGCUGUUAAGACGGUGGCUACCCUGUAAUACCAUUUAGGACAUGAAGCUGUAUACCUGAGGUUGUGGCCAUGACAUACGCUAAAGUAGGUUUACCAAAAUGUAAAGGGUAGAGACAAAAGGACUGUACCUGAAGUGACCCAUCCAGUUACCGCCCUCUUACCGCGGAAAACAAAGUCUAAUAGGAUUCCCCUAAAAUGGAGGCAAUGCGUAAUACCAAACAACACUUUUCUCUUGAACUCCUCCCUUCAGCCCUCCCUCGAUUUUUACCUCGCCCUCCUCUGGUCUAGCUUGUCUCUGCUUUUUAUUUAGCCAGCUACCAAGUUGCGACAUUUCACUUCACGCCGCUUCAUCGUUUUGUUUCCCCGCAUUAUUUUUUUGGGAUAAAUGCACGACGUAUCGUUUUUUAAACUGUUAUCAUAAAUGUAAGUGAUUUUAUUUUUUCAUCACUAUUAACCUUCGCUCCAAGUAUGGCGUAUUCAGAAUUGGUCAAAUAGUUAGCUUAUCGUGACAUUAAAAUUCAUUUCGCAUGCUGUAAUAAGUAAGAAGACAACGUGUUGAAGACAGGAUUAGGCUAUUUAUCAGACCUACCGAGCGUGCACAGACAGGUUUUUACGGCAAGGGCAGCCACAUGAAGAGGUCAAUGAAGAGGUCAAUGAAGAGGAUGAGGAUGACUGAAGGAUAAACGACAAGAGACAGCCAGGGAAGGAAGAAACGUGGAGAAGGAGGGAUGAGAAAGAGACUAAAAUAAGAGGAGGAAGUGGAACUCCAAAGUGCCUAAGAAGACUGUGAGUGGGUGCCUGGCGCUCUGGUCUGGUCCAGUACUGUUAGUGCUGUGGGAGUGUUUGGCUGGCGACCUGCUGCCGCUGUGUACUGCUGCUGUCUGCGUAGGACAGGCUCCGGGCCCUACUAGGUGAGAGUAGAGCACAGCACAGCACUGUGUGUGUGUGUGUGUGUAUUGGUGUGUGUGUGUGUUUGACCUUGAAUGAGGCUAUAUGUCACCCUGACAGCCAGAGAGUCAUCUAUCCUGCUGCUGAUCUGCAAUCCGCCCACCUCCCCCAGCCGCCACCUCCCCCCAGCCGCCACCUCCCCCCAGCCACCACCUCGUCAUCAAUACAAGGACACUGGUCGAUAAGCUUCUGCUUUUUUAUCUUUCCCUUUUUCUAAACAGCCCGACCAGCCAUACUAACCGCUACAGAAGCCGUCCCACCGUCCCACAGUUCUGGAUAUUUGGGGUGGUUUUGGGGUUUCUGUCUGAAGAACGGAGUGAUCAGCGCGAGCAAGACAGAGACGGACAGACUGACGGACAUAAGAAGAGGAAGCUGUCAUUGGAGGGCCUCUAUCUAGGACAAUGCCUGUCUGAACUACAUAUCCCAGCAUGCCAGAUUGAGGUGCCCCAAUUUCCUCCUUUUCUAUGAAACAGAGCUGGCCUCUGCUCACCUCUAGCUCUGAGAACUCAUCCCAUCGCCAGUGGAUCUGGGAUCCGCACCUUACCCAAGAAAACCCACUACUCCAGCCCCCAUACCCAUAACCUCAUUCCAAAGGACCAGCUUAUUCAUUGUAUCCAGGAUAACAACGUCUUUUUUUCUUUCACACACUCUCAUCUCCUCUUAUCUUGCCAAGGAGUUUCCAAUUUAUUUUCGUCUGCAUCAGUGCUUUUUGUUUGUGCACUAAGUGCCGAUUGUGUCCACCCCUAGACCCUACUCCCUUACCCACUUGCCCCCUCCUGUCCUGAGGGGCUGUGAUGGCAGUCAAUAUGGGAAGUAUGGCCAUGGGCCGGGACACUAAGUGGUUGACCCUAGAGGUGUGUCGAGAGUUUCAGAGGGGUACCUGCUCCCGCUCGGACGCUGAGUGUAAGUUCGCCCACCCAGCCAGGAGCUGCCACGUGGACAACGGCCGAGUCAUCGCCUGCUUCGACUCACUCAAGGGACGCUGUACGCGUGACAACUGUAAGUACCUGCACCCCCCUCCCCACCUCAAGACCCAGCUGGAGAUCAACGGGAGGAACAACCUGAUCCAGCAGAAGACAGCAGCGGCCAUGUUGGCCCAACAGAUGCAGUUCAUGCUGCCGGGAGCCCAGUUGCAGCCCAUAGUGAAUAGCCCACACUACACAACUACGUUCCCUAUGACUCCCAGUAUGUCGUCUCUGGCCACCAGUCCCAGUAUGGCGUUCAGCCCGUAUCUGAGCCACAUGGGUCCAGGGAUGGGCCUGAUGCCUGAGCUGCUACCCCAGGCCCCCCUGCUGGUCCCAGGGAGCCCCACCGGCCUCCAGGCCAUGGGCAACAGCAGCUCCCAGCAGAAACACAUGCGCACAGACAAACUGGAGGUAUGUCGUGAGUUCCAGAGGGGUAACUGCACGCGGGGCGAGGGCGACUGCCGCUACGCCCACCCCAUGGAGGCGGCCAUGGUGGACGGCAGUGAAAACUCAGUCAUUGUCUGCAUGGACUACAUCAAGGGCCGCUGCUCCAGGGACAAGUGCAAGUACUUCCACCCCCCUGCCCACCUGCAGGCAAGGAUUAAGGCCUCCCAGCACCAGGCCAGCCAAACGGCCAACGCCAUGGCCCUGCCCCAUGGGGCUAUGCACCCGCUACCAAAGAGGCCCACCUUAGAGAAGAGUAACGGGGGUGGUGCUGUGUUCAACCCCAGCAUGUUCCACUAUCAGCAGGCCCUGGCUAACAUGCAGCUGCAGCAGCCAACCUUUAUCCACCCUGGCUCCGUCCUGUGCAUGGCGCCAUCAGGAGGCAUGGGGCUUAUGAAAGGGCCGGCCCCGCUGGCAGUGGAUGGCCGUUGGGAGAGGCGGGACUGGAGCAGCUGCAGGCACCCCCACAGCCGCCUCCUGUCAGCGCCUGGAUUCACUGUACCCAUGAUGCACGGUGCCACCACCUCCACUGUUUCGUCGGCCUCGACCCCAGUCACCAAUGUUCCUUUCGCAGAAUCAGCCGCCUCCAAUCAGACCCUUCAGAGGUUUUGAGUGCCGACCCAGUGGAACUUCAGUGCGUCCCCAUGGAAGCCCACUUCUGCCCUCUCCCCAAGCUCCUGGUGGCUGCUCCGGUGGCGCUGAACCCAGU